CACAUGACCUACACCAAGUAUAUUCUGCAUGUGCAAACACAAUCCUUGUGCACUUUGGAGUUUGCGGUUGUUUGUGAUGGCGAACAUCUUUCUGGCUCUUGUGCUGUUGUCCUUAAUUCACCUGAGUCUUGGAGGCUCCUUGUUCCUGUCUGGCAAAGAGGCCGAUGGCGUCCUGAGCAGACACAAGCGUUCCAACAGGGGUUUUUUGGAAGAAAUGUGGCAGGGGAACCUCGAAAGAGAAUGUUAUGAGGAAACAUGUGACUUUGAGGAGGCCAGGGAGGUCUUUGAGGAUCACGAUCAAACCGUGGCGUUCUGGACAGUCUAUAUGGAUGGUGACCAGUGUAGGUCAAAUCCAUGCUUCCACCGGGCCAGAUGCGAAGAUGGAGCAAACUCCUACAAGUGUCACUGUCCAAAAGACUUCUCCGGCAUCAACUGUGAGAUAGAUUCAUUGAAGAGGUGUGACCUCAACAAUGGAGACUGCAAACACUUUUGUCAGCCAACGGGCAUUAUAGGAGGCAAAUGUUACUGUGCAGAAGGAUACAAAUUGAUGAGAGAUGGCUUAAGCUGUAAACCACAAGUGGAGUUCCCAUGUGGUAAAGUCGCCAUCACUGAGAAGCGGCAACGCAUUGUAGGUGGAGUUGAGGUCGAAAAAGGAGAGAUCCCCUGGCAGGCGGCCUUGGUACGCACGUCCGACGGUAAAGUGUUCUGCGGCGGUUCCAUUCUAAACGAGCGAUGGGUGGUCACUGCGGCCCACUGUCUGAACCUGGACCCCUUCUAUGUGAGACUGGGCGAGCACAAUGUUACUCUCGACGAAGGCACCGAGCAGAACAUCAUUGUAUCCCAGCAGUACAUCUACCCGUUGUACGAUAGAAGCGUAAGCGAGUACGAUCAUGACAUCGCCCUGCUCCGCCUCCAAAGACCCGUCAACUUCUCUGAGUACGUGCGGCCCAUCUGCGUGGGGCCCACGGAUUUCACUGAGGCCCUUGUCAAGCGAGCUUCGCCUGCCACAGUCAGCGGCUGGGGCCAAACACUCUACCUUGGAUUGACGGCCAACACACUCCUUAAGUUGGCGGCACCCAUCACCAGCCGCAGCGAAUGCAAAUUCACAAGCAGUGCAAGGAUCACGCCCGCAAUGUUCUGCGCCGGCUACAUCGACCAACCCAGAGACGCGUGCAAGGGGGACAGCGGGGGGCCUCACGCCAACAGGAUCGACAAUACCUGGUUCCUGACGGGCAUCGUCAGCUGGGGGGAAAAGUGCGCCACGGAUGGCAAAUACGGGGUGUACACCCGCCUCUCUAUUUACUACAACUGGAUCCGCAAUGUCACCCAUGAGUUGGACGCCCACCACGAAAAUCUUGACGAAUUAUUGUUGUGGCGUUAAAUUUGAGAAUUUGCAUCACGCUGAAAAGUAAACUUUAACUGAUUAGCUGCCAUUAAUGGCGAUGGACAUCCAAUCUGUUUUGACAGCACGGACUCAGUUGUCUGCAUUGGAUGUACAGAUAUAUAACAAAUUUAUGCAUCAUAAUAAAAUAAAAAUACCACAACGCAGCAAAUUCAAAAGUGUUAAAUUUGCACUGUAAGCAUUAUCAGUUAAACUAUUGUGUUAAUCCAACACUUCCUUAGUUUAAUUCAAAACUCGGAGGGUUAGUCACUCAAAAGCGAAUUUUGGUGUUAAACCAUGGAGUUAAAUCUUAACUCUAUUAAGAGAUGAUUCUAAAAUCGACACUCAAUAGAGUACUCCCAGCAUCUCAACGUAUAUGUGACGUGUUUGCCUAAAGAGCGGGAAAGAUUGAGUGGCUGCAGUGGAGCACAACUUUUUCCUUUAUACAACUAUUGUGGAUUUUCGUGUGAUCCAUAUUACUACUUCUCUGAAUAAAAUACUACUUCUAUGGAA